AGCCAUGAAAGUCAUCGGUUUAAUAGUCGUCGUCUUCGUGAUUUUCGCCUUCAGCGAACUAGCAGCGGGUCAGACUGCUGCCGAAUUGGCUGCUUACAAGCAGAUGCAACAGGCUUGCAUCAAGGAGCUGAACAUUGCCGCCAACGAUGCCAACCUGCUGACCACCGACAAGGAGGUGGCCAAUCCCUCGGAGGCCGUAAAGUGCUACCACAGUUGUGUCUACAAGAAACUGGGACUCAUUGGCGACGAUAACAAGCCGAACAAUGACAAGAUCCUUAAGUUUGCCCAGAUCCGAUUCAGUAGUCUGACGGCGGAUAAACUGAAGGCCCUGCUCACCAGCUGCGGAGCCACCAAAGCGGCCACCACAUGCGAUUUUGUCUUCAACUUCGAGAAGUGUGUGGUCAAGGGAUUUAAUGGUUAA